AGAAGAAAAAAAAGAGUCAAAAACUAACUCCAAUAACCAAGGAGAAAAACACUCUCCAUCUAACCUAAACCAUAACCAAAGAGGCUUAUACCUACAAAUUCCAUCUCUCACACCAAAAUUUUCAGAAGAAUAAACACAAGUACUUUCAUUUUCUUUGAAGAGAACAUAAGCCAUGGAUUCUUUAAGAGGCCAAGGUGGGAUUCAGAUGCUUCUAACUGCUGAACAAGAAGCGGGUCGGAUUGUUUCGGCUGCGAGGACCGCAAAACUAGCAAGAAUGAAGCAAGCGAAAGACGAGGCUGAGAGGGAGAUGGAAGAGUACAGGUCCAAAUUAGAAGAAGAGUAUCAAAAACAAGUUUCUGGGACGGAUCAAGAAGCAAUUACAAAACGUUUAGAUGAUGAAACAGAAGGCAGGAUUAAGAACCUUAAGGACUCUAGCUCAAAGGUCUCCAAGGACAUUGUGAAGAUGCUCAUCAAAUAUGUAACCACUACUGGAGCAUGAUUCUCACUUCACUGACCUCAUAGUACCUUAUCCUCCCUGAUAAUAAAAUUGUUUUGAUUCUUCAGCUCCAAAUCUUUCUGGCCCAUGAUCUCUUGUGCACAAUAGAGCCAACAUACAUAGUCCAUGGCCAUGGGUAUAUAAACACAUUAACAUGAAGGAAACUAAAACCAACAUUAGAUGCAUAAAUUCAAGAAGGUAUAAUUGGUAAAACAGUAAGGAAGGGAAAAUCGUGUUAAAAGUACACAAGUACAACAACAAAAGAGGAAACAUGCAUGCAUGAUAAAUGCAAUGUUUGGUUAAUUUUUUUUAUCUUUAUUGUACGCUGAGUACAAAACUACAAAUUAUUACAUUUCUUGAACAAAGUGAAACUGUAACUUGGUAAUGGCAUUCAGUAAGAGAAAUA